AUGUUGGAAAGUGUAUUCACUGAAGAUGAAGUUUGGGCUGCCAUUAAAGACUGUGAUGGGAAUAAAGCCCCAGGUCCUGAUGGCUUCAACUUAUUUUGUCUCCAAAAGUGUUGGAAAAUUAUGAAGCAUGACAUUCUGAAGUUUAUGUUGGAAUUUCAUGAGAAUGGAAUUUUAGCUGGGGGCCUCAAUUGCUCUUUUAUCAGUCUUAUCCCAAAAAAGGAAAACCCCUUGUCUUUAUCUGAUUUCAAACCCAUUAGCCUGAUUAGCUCUGUCUAUAAGAUUCUUUCCAAGGUUCUCUCUCGCAGAUUCAAUCUUGUUUUACCUAGCAUAGUAAGUGAAGCACAGUCUGCCUUCCUAGGAGGCAGGAGUAUUUUGGAUGGUGUGCUCAUUGCUAAUGAGAUUAUAGAUUGGUGGAAAAAAUCCAAUACCCAAGGGAUGAUCAUAAAGCUUGAUUUUGAAAAAGCCUUUGAUACUGGGUUAAAUCUGCUUCUAACCAAAGCUAAGGACUUGGGCUUAAUUAAAGGGGCUGUUGCUGGUCCCACUAGCUUGCACUUCACUCACCUCCAAUUUGCUGAUGACACCAUUCUCUUGUGUAAAGCUGAUUUACUAGAGAUCACAACCUUGAAGAGAAUGCUUCGGUGCUUCAAAAUUAUGUCAGAGCUAAAAAUAAAUUUCCACAAGAGUACAGUUUGUGGUAUUGGUGUCUCUGAGGCUUUAAUCAAUAUUUUUUUGUCCACAUCGAAUUGCAUUAAUCAUAAACUAACUUUAAAGUAUCUUGGGCCUCCUCUUGCUGCCAAUCCCAGAAGGAAAGCCACUUGGAAACCAGUUUUGGACAAAUUUAAGAGCAAACUCCCAAGAUGGAAUAAGAGGUUUCUAUCAUUUGCCAGUAGACUCAUCCUCACCAAAUCCACAUUAUCUAGCCUUCCAAUUUUCUACCUCUCCUUGUUUAAAAUGCCAAACUGUGUAAUCAAAGAGGUGGAUAAAGUUCAAGCUUCUUUCCUUUAG